ACUUGCUUUUGCUGUUUGUAGUUGGGCGGCCUGUGAUUAAUGUGUGCUGCGCUGUGCAUAUAGUUGGAAUACGAACGUUGAUAACGGAUUCGAUACGAGGAUAGUGCAGAAAAAAAAAAGAAGAAAAAAGGACGGAUUGAAUCAGAUAUAUCCUCCUUAUUGCCACUAUCCAGCAUUCGCUCUACGAAGAACAACUAAACCACCAUUUAUCUAUUAAUUCUUACCUCAGUCCGUUCGUUUCCGAAUCCUCAUUAUCAAUCACUACAAAACUACGAAUAUGCACAUAUCAACCACCUCCCUGCUCACACUCCUCUUCUCCCUCUCCAUCCCCAUUUCCGUCUCUGCGAUUCCAACUCCGGCGCCUGCGCCAGCUUCCAGAACUACCAAAGAAGAUCUGAGUUAUCUAGCACAAUUAUUCGCCUCCGAUGGAUUAGCCCGAAAUUUCAAAUUACGAGCCGAUAGUCAAUUCCCCCUCGCAGAUCCUGCUACAAAUAAAAAAGUCUGCGGCCGCGCAUACGCGCACGAAGAAACGGAAACGGCGUAUUUUGGAAAACAGUGCUGAGGAUGCGAUGAUUACUUGUGGGUUGGAUGAGGGGACGGGGGUUUGUGAGGAGGGGUAGAGCGGAGAGGGAGAGAGAGGGAGAGGGAUCUUAGGGGGAUGAUGGGGAGAAGUUUGUAAUUGGCUUGAGAAUGAAUGGAUCGCGGGAUCUGAUCCCCUUUGAUUUAGCGGGCGUUCGGUGAUCUCGGAAUAGAAAGGCGUACGGGAGUUCAUUGAUAAAUGGGAAAAAGUGUAUACUAGAGGAUACCAAACACUUGCUAGAUCUUCAAGAUCACUCAACGUGUCAAAUAUACAUAACAUAUGCAAUUUGAGG